AUCAGCUGAUGGCAGUUGCAGUAUGACAGUCACCUGACUCAAACAAAUCCAUAGUACACGCUCCUACAUGCUAACCGGAGCUACAAGGACUUAAUGUCGACUUAUUUACGAAUACUUAAAUAUUACAUACACGUUUGUAAUAUGUAGGUUGAUGUUUUGAACGCCAGAGAAGAUGCAAGCUAUUAUUUCAGGAGCUAGCUAAACAAGUGCUCGUCUGUGGUCUCUGCUGGUUUGGAGAAAAACAGGAAUAAAAAUGCCUCAGACGGCGGCUGUGAUCAGUGGGAUCCAGAAGAUGGUUCUCUACGAAACCAGAGCUCAUGUGUACAAUCAGCAAGAGGUUCGGGAAUUGCUUGGCCGACUGGACUUGGGCAACCGCACAAAAAUUGGCCAGAAGGGUUCCUCAGGUCUGUCCAGGGCUGUGUCCGCUUUUGGGAUCGUAGGCUUUGUUCGUUUCCUGGAGGGCUACUACAUUGUGUUGAUCACAAAGAGGAGAAAGAUGGCUGACAUUGGCGGCCACUCCAUCUACAAAAUUGAGGACACCAGCAUGAUCUACAUCCCCAAUGACUCAGUCAGGGUUACACACCCCGAUGAAGCAAGAUAUGUGCGGAUCUUUCAGAAUGUGGACCUCUCCAGCAACUUCUACUUCAGCUACAGCUAUGACCUGAGCCACUCGCUGCAGUACAACCUCACUUUGCUGCAGCGGCCUUAUGAACUGUGGCUGUCAGACGCUUCUUCUGCCGAGGAAGAGGUACACACGCAGCGCCGACAGGACAGCUUUGACAUUUUUGAGGACGAGGGUUUGCCUACACAGGUUGUUUAUGGCCUCCGGAACGAGCCCUACUUUAAGUACGUGUGGAACGGGAAGCUGCUGGACCGAGUCAAGGACAUAGUGCAUCAUGACUGGCUCAUGUACAUAAUCCAUGGCUUUUGUGGCCAGUCCAAGCUUCUGAUCUAUGGCCGACCGGUGUACAUCACCCUCAUUGCCAGGCGAUCCAGCAAAUUUGCCGGUACCCGCUUCCUCAAAAGAGGAGCCAACUGCGAGGGGGAUGUGGCUAAUGAAGUGGAGACGGAGCAGAUUGUCCAUGACGCCUCAGUUAUGUCUUUCACAGCAGGAAGUUACUCUUCAUAUGUCCAGUUGCGAGGUUCAGUCCCGCUCUACUGGUCCCAGGAUAUUUCCACCAUGAUGCCCAAACCACCCAUACGAUUGGACCAAGCUGACCCAUACGCACAUGUAGCUGCCCUCCAUUUUGACCAGAUGCUGCAGCGGUUUGGCUCUCCUAUAAUCAUCCUCAACUUGGUCAAGAAACGUGAAAAGAGAAAACACGAGAAGAUUCUGAGUGAAGAGCUCUAUCCAGCUGUGCUCAACCUCAACCAGUUCCUCCCUCCAGACCACUGCAUCGACUACAUUGCCUGGGACAUGGCACGCUACACCAAGAGUAAACUGUGCAAUGUCCUGGACCGUCUGAGUAUGAUAGCGGAGAAUGUGGUCAAGAGAACAGGUUUCUUCAUUAACCAAGCCAAUUUCUACUGUCACACCCUCAGACCAGAUGACAGGUGGGGAGAUGUAGGUGGACACAUUACAGCCAGUGGACGAGUGCAGACUGGUGUAUUGCGGACCAACUGUGUGGACUGUCUGGACCGGACCAAUACUGCCCAAUUCAUGGUGGGGAAGUGUGCACUUGCCUAUCAGCUUUAUGCACUAGGAAUGAUUGACAAGCCCAAGCUGCAAUUUGAUACUGACUGUGUGAGGUUGUUUGAGGAGCUCUACGAGGACCAUGGAGACACUCUGUCACUGCAGUACGGUGGCUCCCAGCUGGUCCACAGGGUCAAAACCUACCGCAAGAUCGCUCCCUGGACUCAGCACUCCAAGGACAUCAUGCAGACCUUGUCCCGCUACUACAGCAAUGCUUUCUCAGACGCUGAUAGACAGGAUGCUAUCAAUUUGUUUCUUCAAGUCUACCAGCCAUCGGAGUCCAAGCCACACCUGUGGGAACUGCCCACUGAUUUCUACCUGCACCAGAAGAGCACCAUGGCUCUCUUUCAUAACAGACACAGCUACACAAUGUGGUGGUCAGAGGGAGUCCUGUCCUAUCUUCCUGUACCCUAUGAUGAAGCUCCCUGUGAGGACAACAUGAAGAAAGUCAAAGUAAAGAGAGUAAACCGCUCUGACGAGGGUAUUGACAUCUACACAGAGUUCUUCAAACCAUACGAACUCACCUCCUUUGAUGACACGUUUUGCAUCGACAUGACCAACUCUGCAAGGGAGUUUAUGCCAAAAACAGUUGGAGUGGAUCCAAGCCCAUUCACAGUUCGCAAGCCAGAGGAAACUGGGAAAUCAGUGCUGGGCAACAAGACCAGUAAGGAGGAGACGCUGCUCCAGAGGAAAACUGCAGCCAGCGCGCCGCCUCCUCCGAGUGAAGAGGCCAUCUCCAGCACAUCGGAGGACGACUCGGAGGAGGACCGCGAUGACGACGGCGGCGUGUCCCAGCGCUCCACCCCAAUCAAACUGCUCACAGAGUCGGGAGAGAGCACACGCACACAGGAGGAGCAGCAGCAAAGUAUAAAGGAGCCAUAUGGACUCAAUGUGGCCAAGUGUCCCACUGAUGAAGACAUGCUCAUUUAUGAAAGGUUUGCACAUCUGGGCGUGAGCCAACACAAAGUGGAGAGAAGUGAGGACACAAACCUGGCAAACAUCAUCUGCUUAGAGCCGGUGUCCUGCUUCACAGAGGACAGCAUCUACAGCGUGUGUCCCCCGCUGGUCAACCGAGACAGUCGAAAUGUGUUUGAGAGCCACGUGGUGACGGGUCAGGGCCAGGUGAGGGUGCUGUGCAGGGACGACAUGCUUAUGUACAGGGAGUACGUCAAGAACAGAUACAUGUGAGACACGGCUGGCGUGUGUUUCAUUCAUCAUUCCUACAUGAAGACUUUGUAAAUUCAUUUGUUUCCUGUUUCUGUUGGGAGACGACAGUUUGUACUGAAGACACACGAGCAAGCAGAAUGUUCCUUAUUUGUGAGUUUUAAGAGCCUCAGAUUUGACCCAGUCAUGUCAGGUUUUAAGUCUUUUAAGGAAGUUUAUUUAAUUAUGUACUCUCUUUCAAACUGUAAAUAUUUUUGUCUUAAUUAAGCAUGGCCAGCAACAAAUUACACCAAGUUAUUAUUACUUUAAGUUUUCAUUUACACCAAUUUUUUUGUAUUAUUAUUCAUUGUCAUCAUAUUUUUGCCUUUACGAUGUCUUUUAAUAAUGUGAUUGUGUGUUAGUUUAUUUUUAAUUGGUCAGAAACUGUAUUGUAAAAAUGUUUUAUGUGUUUUUUUUGCCCAGACUUUAAGUUUUUAUCAUGAAUAUUGUGCAUUUCAUUAUACUCCAGUCCUUGUUUCAUAUAAAGACAUGUCUGUGUAAUUUCUUCCAAAUAAAACAUUUAUUUAUGAACAUGGUGGGACAGAUUU